GCUUUUUGCGCUCUCUCACUCUAGAAGCUGAAGCUUGCUUUCACCUUUUUAUUUUUAUCCAGUGUUUUUAUACACCUUGUUUUUAUCCAAGAGUCAAGCCAAUCAAGCAAGAACUGAGAAGUAAGCCAGCAAAGAUCAAGAAUCAUCAAGGUCAAAAUUCUUGAGAAUAAGUUUGAAUUCAGCACUCAACAGUAGUCAUCUCGUCAAGUGUUCAAGACUUUCAGAAGAAGCCAUGAAAACAUGCAUAAACAUGCCAAUAAGGAGCAGCAGGAAUAAAAUCAUUUUAACCUUAUACUUGGUAUUUGCUGUGUACCUCAUAUAUGUCAUAAUUUUCUUGGCUUCAAUGCUUUUCCGAUCAGCAAGUGAUGUGAAAACUAAAAUAAGAGCCCUGCCAAAGUACAUGAGUGAUGCUGAAAUUGACAAGAUACGUGUGUUAGAAGUUGGGACUUUACAGCAGCAGCUCCAGCAGGCUUUUGGCAAGGCAGAUGACAACAAGAAUGGCUACCUUGACAAAGAUGAACUGUCAGAAUGGAUUCAGAUGAAGGUGUCAGAACACAUCACAGUUGGGGUCAAAACCAACUUCAAAGUAUUCCUCCUUCUGGACAAAAGCCCAAAGGAUGGCUGGAUUAGCAUGGAGGAAUACGACGCUCUUUUCCUGUCAUCCCGAGGCGCCAAAACAGAGGAGGAUCUCAGCCGCUCUGACAGAGAGCAGCUGAUGAGCGAGCGGGCCGAGUUUCUGGAGCUGGGCAACGAGGAGAAGCUGACGAUUGACGAGCUUCUGACGUUCCGCCACCCGGAGUCGAGUCACGCCCACCUGCUGGCGCGGGUCACCGAGCUCAUCGACACACUCGACGAGGACGGUGACGGAGCGCUGUCGGUCUCGGAGCUCGGACAGCUCUCCGACCCCGCCUACCGUCCGUCAGAGGAGGAGGCGGCCAACUUCCCCGUCAGCUCGGAGACGGAGAUGCGCGCACUGCACGCCCGGCUCGACACCAACGGGGACCAGAAACUGGACCAGCACGAGCUGCUGGUGUUCGCCGACCCCCGUCACGUGGAGCAUGCGUCUCGGGACGCGGCGCGCCUCAUACGUCUGGCUGACGCGGACGGGGACGGCCAGUUGGCGCUGACCGAACUACAGAUGCACCCCGACCAGUUCCGCAUGAUCGUGGACGCCCGGCACAGGUUUCACCAGCCGGGCGACCGCCGGUAGGCCGGCCGAUUAGCACCGACAGACGGAGGGGCAGAUGGAUGACAGAUGGUUGGCAGAUGGAUGACAGAUGAGGGACAGAUGGGUGAGGGUGACAGAUGGCGGGGAAAGAUUGUGACAGAAGUUGAUGGGGUGACGGACGCUGAUAGGCAAAACGACGCUAAUUGCUCAUGGACGUUGCCUGACUGAGGAGAGGACCAACAAGGUUUUUUUACGCAGGCCAAUUGUGUCAGGUUUGUUCAAUAUUUAUAUAUUAGGAUGAAAAUGUCUUCCAAGUUUCAGGUAUGAAUGUAUUCUUAUUAUUACUGAUGCGUAGGAGUUGGCGAGGUAUGGACGCAGUCGGGGAUUUUGGCUGAGCGUUACCGUGGCCAGGUGCAAUUUUUGUUUUUCGAACAAAUCGGUUGUUUAGAUAAGGUGAUGACAUGUUAAAGGUAUUUAAUUAAGACGUUACGCUGGUGUUACGGUACUGUACUUUCAGCUGAGUUAGUUUAAAGUUACGAUAAAUUAUUUGUCACCCAAACUUCGCUUCAUACUGCAUAAUAACGUUGAUCGGAACCAUUUGCAAGGACUUGGCGAUUAAUCUACUUAAUUCGUUGUUGCUAAUUAUUUACCUAUCAUGUUAGAAUAUUGCGAAACAUGAAUCAAAACAGUCCUACCUGCGAUCGUUGACAUUCAGGCCCCACUUACGCUAGUGCCUGAUGAUACUGCAACAGGAAUGAGAGUAGUGCAGUAAUUUUAUAGAUAUUUAAAACUUGUGAACUGAACGUUGUGAAAUAAGAUGGCGUUUUAUAUCCCACAUCUUCCAAUAUAAUGUGCUGUAAAUCAUCGAACAAUACGUGUUACCAGCAAUCGUUGUUUUUGUUUCACGAUGCUUGCCGUGUUGCCUCAUUUGAAGGGUCUGUUUGCCUAAUACUUGUGUUGUAUCGCAGAUGAUACAUAUUUUACCAUUCCUGGUUGUCCGUCCACGUCUUACCUGACGCAGUGUACACUGUACAGUGUAAACUUAUUGAGCAAUAUUUUAACAAUGUGUACAUAAUAUAUCCUUAUCGAGGAUCGCGGUUCAUCGUUUGAUGAACAAAAGUAGGCGAGUAUGCCUUUUUGUGGUUAUUUUUAUAAAUGCAGUGAUACGUGGCUUUCAAUCAAAUACAUUCAGGUUGUUUAA